AAUUUUUAGAUCCUACGUAGGUUCCCAAUAAAGACGGCCAGGUUGCGCUCCGAGAGAGCGCAAAACAGAGAGGAACGAAAGGGGAUCUAGGCCGGGCUCUCUCGGCUUUUGCUCUCGGCUUUGUCGCCAGAUCUCCGGCAAUGGCUCCGGUCUCUGCUCUCGCCAAGUACAAGCUGGUGUUCCUCGGCGACCAAUCCGUCGGCAAGACGAGCAUCAUCACCCGAUUCAUGUACGACAAGUUCGACAACACCUAUCAGGCAACAAUUGGUAUUGAUUUUCUAUCCAAGACAAUGUACCUUGAAGAUCGGACUGUUAGGCUGCAACUUUGGGAUACAGCUGGCCAGGAGAGAUUCAGAAGUCUAAUUCCAAGCUACAUUAGGGAUUCCUCUGUUGCAGUAAUUGUGUAUGAUGUUGCAAGCCGACAAACUUUCCUGAACACCUCAAAGUGGAUUGAAGAGGUUCGAACUGAGAGGGGUGGUGAUGUUAUCAUUGUCCUUGUUGGAAACAAAACUGACCUUGUUGACAAAAGGCAAGUCUCAAUAGAAGAAGGAGAGGCUAAAGCCCAGGAUCUUGGUGUUAUGUUUAUAGAAACAAGUGCCAAAGCUGGCUUCAAUGUCAAGGCACUGUUUCGGAAAAUUGCUGCAGCAUUGCCAGGUAUGGAGAAUCUUUCCUCAGCAAAACAGGAGGAUAUGGUUGAUGUGAAUCUCAAGACAACCACUACAAGUGCAUCCCAAUCACAGCAGCAAUCUGGAGGUUGCAGUUGCUAAUGCCAGUCCAGUUCAAAAUCUGUUGGUGUGUUAAAUUACUUCAUCUGUAAGGAGUUGGUGGAACUAGCUCGUCCUAUCAUUUGAUCAGUGGCAUUAGUUUUUCCCUCAAAGCAUGCAACCUAGUCAAGGGCAUUUGCUAGAGAUUAUGGUUAUGGUGGCUAAAUCAGUUUCCAGCUUCAUGAUUCAAAGUAAAAAUUCUCUCAAGCAUGUAAAUAGAAUUCCCAUUUUUCUAUUCAUAAUUGACCAUCCAAAGAAUCUUGUGUAGAGGUGUGUGUUGGACUAGAAUCCAGCUUUUAGAUUUUUGGUGAACUCCUAUCUUUCUUUAGUACUGUUUAAGAGAGUUGAAUAAUGGUUUACUUCCUAACAUGGGUCAUUGAUGAUAAAUAUUUUUGAGCAUUGCCAGCAACAACAUUAUGAACUA